AUGGUCACCAUCCAAGGCCCCCAGCCUCUCAACACACGAGCAAAUAUCGGCAUGGCAAUAAUAGCGGAAGGGGAUGUGUUCGACCUGCUCAACUUCCAAGGCAUAUUGGGGCUCGGACCAUGCUCGGGCACCGACCCUGGCAUGGACUGCAUCUUCAAAGACAACGGACCAAAUUAUGAAAUAUCCAUCGCGCUCCCGGAAACGGUACAUGAUGAAGGCCACUUGACUGUGGCCAGCGAGCCCCACAUUGACCUAUCGGAAUGGACUCCUGUCAAGUCAACAAAUAAGUGGGCCGUAGGACUCUCGAAAAUUAUCUGGGGAUCGAAAGUAAUAUGGCAACCGGACGACCACAGUGAUCAUCUCUUGCUCUUCGACACCGGAAGCACGGUACAUACAUUUCCCUCCAAGGUUAAUGCUGUACUACAAGAAAUUGUGUACGAGAAUUGCCAUAAUCUCUCCAACUCACAACUCACCUAUGUCCUGGAAGACAUGCGCACUCUCGACAUCCCGAUGACGCAGCUAGUGGGAUCCCAUUGCCAGUUCAAAAGCCUCGUCCUGGACCCAAGAGCCACUGAUUUUACCCUGGGAUCUCCCGCAUUCGUUAACAGAGAACUCAAAAUGCUAAAUAUGGGUUCCAAGGCAUUCCCGGAGCAUUGGAUGCAGACAUUUGUUAAGCCAUCGACUACAUGUCGCGCUCUCUCAAGAGAAGGAUUUGUCGGAGAAACAAUAACGCUGAAUUUAUCUGGGACGCAGAAUGAUUUGUUCAAUAUCACUGCACCGGUCUGGAUGAAUCCGGAUUCCAUGCAAAUUAAUAUCUAUGAAUUAAAGACCCUCACUAAAGUGCCUGGACACUUGCAAUUCACUUGUGACAAGCCUGGAAUGUUUGAUAUGUAUUUUGGAAUAGUUACCAAUGACGCUACAAAGAAGCUUUGGGGAUUAUCCUUCAAUCUAUGCAGAGCCAGCAUAGGCUGCUUGCAAGGAGUUGGAGCACCGGCAUCACCAGGCCCCGUCCCUUCCAAUACCGUUCCUGAUUACGCGGCUUCGUUGUCAUUGAUGGCACCUUCUACCAGUGGUUUCAAUUGGGACCAGACCACGCUUCCAACGGCAGUCGGCGGACCCAUGCCAACGGGAGUCGGUGGGCCCAUGCCAACGGGAGUCGGUGGACCCAUACCAACGACAGUCGAUAUGCCAACGACAGUCGAUGGACCCGUGUCAACGGCAGUCGGUGAACUUAUGUCAACGGCAGGCGGUGGACCGAUGCAAGCCCGUACGAGUGACCGGGUUUUCUCAGUCACCAGCGGCUACAGUCCCGUCAGUGGUUACAGCCCCAUCAGGGGCUACGGCUCCAUCAGCAGUUACGGUCCCCGCAAUGGUAACAGCCUCGCCUGUGGUUACGGUUCCCGCUGCCCCGUCGCCGAUUACUGGGCCGCAAUUAUCUCCAACAAGAUCGCCCAUAUACUUACCCGGACAAGCGCAGACCACGCCGACAAGAGCUCCAGCACAGUUACCCGGGCUGUCCACUGUCCCCACAUACCCGACGGCCACCGCAGUGCCCCCCAGACCAGCACCAACCUCUUGCCCCGGCGGGUCGUCGGACUCAGAGAACUCUUCAGGCUCGCAAAAUCCUUCAGGCUCGCAGAAUCCUUCAGGCUCGCAGAAUCCAUCAGGCUCGCAGAAUCCAUCGGGCUCGCAGAAUGCUUCAGGCUCGCAGAACCCUGCAGGAUCACAAAAUCCUCCAGGUUUGCAGAAGCCGCCAGGUGUGCCCGAGGAGGCAUGGAAUUGGUUCUUAGCUUCGCGCGCCUAUCGAGCGUCCCGGCAUAA